AUGAUCCCCACUGCUCGUGCUGCCACAAGACCCAAGUUGAGCCUGAGCAUUUCUGCUGCGCAGAAUACCUCUCGGCCUACAUUGUCGCUCAAGUCCCCGGGUCCUCUCCCCCGGACUCCGAUCUCCCCGUCUGCUGCCAGUCCAAGUUCGGCCCGGUUCUCAUCCCUUCAAGUCCCGGGUUAUGGCUACGUCAACUCGUGUUCCUCAAAGAGUAUUCUCAAGAAGCAAUCGACAGCGGUCGCAGCGGGCAACGUCAACAAACGCAUCCAAUUUAAAGGUACACCGACUGUCCACUGCGUGACGCCCAUUGAGAACCCGGAGGAAUACUACGGCACGCACACCAAGAUGUCGCGCGAAGAACGACGUUGGCUGCACAUGCAGCAGAGCCUGUGGAGGACCGCCGGCGCAGAGCAUCGGACGUCCAGAACGAAAGUCAAGGAGAGGAAUGUCCCUAUCGGAAAGGAGGGCAAACUGUCAAUCGAUGACACUUCAGUCGCAAUCGUUGAAAAGAACGAAGCCACCAAUGCCGCUAAGAUUCAUUUCCUUGAGAACGUGACGGCCGAUUCAAAUGAGUACCGAGGCGUCCACCCCAUUGCAUCUCUCGAGUCGCAUCAAGAGAACCUCGCGAAACUGGUUGAUAAGGCGCUGAGGCAUUUGCCCGUCGCCUCGGACAAUGUUGGAGGACACCGAUCGAUAACGCUCGCAGAUGGCUCCCAGCCGCGCUGCAAACCGGACUUUGUAUCCGCUACUCGAGGGCCGGGGAUGCGAGCGAAUCUCUUCGUCGGCUUAGAUACAGGGAAAGCGCUGUCAGUUGCGUGGCAGAUCCCUUUCGUGGGAGUUCAUCAUAUGCAAGCUCACUUGCUGACACCCCGGCUUGUGUCAUCUCUAAGCCACGACCAAGGCACCAGUGGUAACGUCUCACCGUCACCGCCAGUUACGCCAGAAUUUCCCUUCCUAUCUAUCCUCGUCUCGGGUGGCCAUUCGAUUCUUGUGAAAUCAUCAACUCUUACGGACCACAGGAUCAUGGCUUCUACCGCAGACAUAGCAAUUGGCGAGUCGCUUGACAAAUCGGCCCGGGAAAUCCUUCCUACUUCCUUACUGCAGAGUGCGAAGAAUACCAUGUACGGCAAGAUGCUAGAGGAGUUUGCUUUCCCAAAUGGUAGCGCUGACUACGCUGACUACCGUCCGCCGCUGACCCGUGGCGAGGAACUCAUCAAGCGGGAGACCCCCUGGGGCUGGUCCCUGACGACCCCUCAAAAAAUCAUCACACAAAAGGAGAACUCUGGACAGAGCUUUUCCCAUGACGAGCGAGUUGAAAUGGCGCGUGAAUCCAUGCGGGUCUGUUUCGAGCAUCUCGCCUCCCGGACGAUCAUCGCUCUUGAGACACUUCGUCAACAGAAGCCUGAUGACGAGGUGAAGACUCUCGUGGUCAGCGGUGGUGUUGCGGCCAAUCGUUUCCUCAUGGCUGUUUUACGCUCAUUCCUCGAUGUCCGCGGCUUCGGUCAUAUCGACAUUGUCGCACCCCCUCCGUACCUGUGCACUGAUAAUGCGGCAAUGAUCGGAUGGGCUGGCCUCGAAAUGUUUGAGGCGGGCUGGCGCACAGAUCUCAGUUGUCGCGCUCUCAGGAAGUGGAGUCUGGAUCCGCAGGCCGAUGAUGGCGGCGUUCUGGGUCCCGGCGGAUGGCAGAAAGCCUAG